AUGAGUGACCUUGAGGUAGAAACCCUUACAGAGAAGAUUUCUAGUGAAAAGUAUGGAACAAACACCCAUAUAGCAAUUCUACCGAGUCCAGGUUUGGGUCACCUCAUCCCACUAGUCGAGUUUGCCAAGCAACUUGUUCACCGCCACAGCUUCUCCGCCACUUUCAUCAUCCCCACUACCGCCCCACCGUCCUCAGCUCAAACCGCAGCCCUCGAAUCCCUACCCAAAUCCAUAAACUACCUCUUUCUUCCUCCAAUCACCUUCCACGACCACUUCGAAGGCCCUGAGGCCGUAACACAAAUCGCCCUCACGGUAAUUCGCUCUCUUCCUUCGUUUAGCGAGGUUUUGGAGUCACUCAUUGCCACCACCAAGUUAGUUGCUUUAGUGGUUGAUUACUUGAGCACCGAAGCAAUUCAUGUAGCAAAACAGUUUUGUAUCUCCUCUUACUUGUUCUCUCCCUCGCCGGCCAUGGCUUUGUCUUGGUGCUUCUUCUUUCCAAAGCUUCACGAUCAGUUAGUUUCUGAUAAUUACAGAGACCUUCCUGAAUUGGUCCAAAUACCAGGCUGCGUACCGGUUCAUGGUAGAGACCUUGUGGUGGACCUGGUUCGAGACCGCGACACUGUGGCCUAUAAAUGGAUUCUUCACCAUUGCAGACAGUUCAGUCUUGCUGAUGGCAUAAUCCUAAACAGCUUUAUGGACUUGGAACCGGGACCCAUAAAGGCUUUGCAAGGAGAUGAACCGGGAAUCCCACAGGUUUAUCCAAUUGGACCAAUUGUCCGAGCCGGUUCAAGUAAUCCGCUCGAGCGGUCAGAGUGUUUACAGUGGUUGGACAUCCAGCCACGUGGCUCGGUCUUAUUCGUCUCGUUCGGGAGUGGUGGGACUCUCUCAAAUGAUCAACUCAAUGAACUAGCCCUAGGGUUGGAGGUGAGUGGUCAUAGGUUUUUGUGGGUUGUAAAGAGUCCAAAUGAUAGUGCCAAUGCUACAUAUUUUAGUGUCCAAAGCCAAGAUGACCCUUUUGGUUUCUUGCCAAAUGGGUUCAUGGAGAGGACCAAAGAGCGAGCUCUACUGGUCUCAUCUUGGGCACCACAGGUUGAGGUCCUGAGUCAUGGCUCAACCGGUGGGUUCAUGACUCACUGUGGUUGGAACUCGGUUUUGGAGAGCGUUGUCAAUGGCAUACCAUUGAUUGCUUGGCCACUCUUUGCUGAGCAAAAGAUGAAUGCGGUGAUGCUAAGUGAGGGUUUGAAAGUGGCACUGAGACCAAACAUGAACCAGAAUGGGAUUUUGGGUAGAGAUGAGAUUGCAGAAGCUGUGAAGGCUCUAAUGGAAGGAGAUGAAGGAAAGAUGCUUAGAAAUCAUAUGUUGGAAUUAAAGGAAGCUGCUCUAAAGGUCCUAAGCAAUGAUGGGUCUUCCACAAAGUUACUCUCAGAGUUGGCACAUAAGUGGAAGAGUGUUGGAAGCAUUUGAGAUGAUCAACAAUGCUAGUGGAGUCUUUGAAGUUGCUGCUGCUGUUGCCGCCUUAUUGAGAUUGCUGUUAUGCUGCUUGCUGCUUUUUUUUGGACUAUUCUGCCUCUUGCUAUUGUUUGUUUCUUACUACCGUAUGUUGUUGGUUGGCUUCCCACCAAUAUGUGGUGUGCUAAUAUAUGAUUAGAUCUGCUUUACUAUGCCAA